AUGGCUGAUACUGAAGAGGAAGCAGCUAGGGCUUAUGAUGUAGCAGCCAUUAGGCUGAAAGGUGCAAACGCCAUCACCAACUUUGAUAUCUUUGAAUAUGAUUUGAUGAAUAUUCUUCAAAGCUCAAAGCUACCCAUUGGAAAAGGAGCUUCCAAGCUUUUGAUGAAGUCUUCAAUGGAAGAUGUCAUUAGAAAGAAAAAGAAUCUCAUUGGGAAAACCUCAUUUGCUUGUUUUGAAGAUGAUGAUGGUUCAGCCAACCCUGAAAUUGCUCAAGGAUUCAACAGCUUUGGAAAUGAUAUGAACAUUGAUUUCAAUGGGAUUCAAGCAAUGGAACCUGUUGGAUUCCCAAUGGACUUAUCAGGCAUGGAUAAUAAUAGCCAGCAUCAAACUUCAAGCUUUUUCCCUGUUAUUAAUGGUUGCCAAAACCCAGUUGAGUUCCAGGGAAAUUCUUCUGGGAUCUUCAAUGGAGGAAUAUCUUUUCCAGGUAAUGGGGAUGUUGAAACUGAUGAUUUUCAGACAAAUUUUGACAACUUUCAGAGUCUGUUAGGUCUUGAGGGACAAGAUUGUUUUAACAUGAACCAGAUCGAGGAUGUUGUUGCCAACCAAGAUCCUAAUAAUUUUCAGACAAAUCCCAUACCUGUCAAUCCAUCGAGUGGAUGCUACAAUGGAGAUGUUUCAUGGAAUGGGGUUCUCCAGGGUGUUCCAAGUUCAUUGGAGAUUGAGAAUAAUGCUAAUGGAGGUUGCCAUGGAAGUGAUAAAUUUUCAGACAAUGGAGCAGCCAUGGUGGAAAACCCAGUCCAAGAAAAUGGGGUGAAUUUGUGUGAAGACAGUGAAAUGGACAAUCUUUCAAGGUGCUUUGAGCUACUUAAUGAACUUGGACCAUUGUGCUUGUAA